AUGGCGGUGCGGGGCCUCCGUGCGGCGCUCGGGGCGGUGCGGCCACGCGGGACGGGCUGCGCUGCGGGAUUGAGAUCGGCCUCGAAGCCCUCCGAGCCCGGCCCUGAACCGCCGGGGCCCGUGACAGCGGCUCUCUACGUGCACUGGCCCUACUGCCGCAAGCACUGCUCCUACUGUAGCUUCAACAAGUACGUGGUGCCGGCUGUGGACGAGGCGGCCGUGCGUGCCUGUCUGGUGCAGGAGACGCAAACCCUGCUGCGCCUCGGCCAUGUGCAAAGCGUCACCUCCGUCUUCUUUGGUGGAGGCACCCCCAGCCUGGCCGCCCCGCACACCAUCGCCGCCGUGCUGGAGGCGGCUGCGGAGGUCGCUCAUCUCCCUGCUGGAGCCGAGGUGACGCUAGAGGCCAACCCCAGCUCCGCUGACCCCGCGCGCCUCGCUGGCUUCAGGGCGGCCGGCGUCAACCGCCUGUCCCUGGGCGUCCAGUCCCUGGACGACGCUGAACUGCGGCUGCUGGGCCGGGAGCACACGGCGGCGGAGGCGCGGGCGGCGGCGGAGGCGGCACGGAAGCUCUUUCCUGGCCGCGUCUCCCUCGACCUCAUCUUUGGGCUGCCGGGGCAGAGCCGCGAGGCCUGGGCACGCGGCCUGGAGGCGGCGCUGGGGCUGUGUGACGACCACUUGGCCCUGUACCAGCUGACUCUGGAGCGGGGCACGGCGCUGGAGGCCCAGGUGCGGCGGGGGGUCCUGCCUGAGCCCCCCGAGGACCUGCUGGCCGAUUUGUACCUGAGCGCCCGCGCCACGCUGGCGGCCGCCGGCUUCCACCAGUACGAGGUCUCCAAUUUUGCCAGGAAGGGCGCCCGCAGCACCCACAACCUCUCCUACUGGCGGGCCGAGCAGUACGUGGGCGUGGGGCCAGGGGCGCACGGCCGCUUCGUGCCGUGGGGAGAGGGCGGCCGCCUGCGCGAGGCACGCGUGCAGACGCCGCACCCUGACACGUGGAUGCGGGAGGUGCGGAGCUGCGGGCACGGCACCCGGCGGCGGGCGGCGCUGAGCCCGCUGGAGCUGCUGCAGGAGGUGCUGGCGCUGGGACUGCGCACGGACGAGGGCGUCACGCAACAGCGCUGGGGGCUCUUCUCCCCCCGCCUGAGCCUGGAGGCCGCGUUCGGGGCGUCGGGGGAGGCGAGAGAGCUGCAGGAGCGGGGCUGGCUGCGGCUGAACGGGCGGGCGCUGCGCUGCACGCCCGCCGGGCUGCCCCUGCUGGACUCGCUGCUGCCCGCGCUGCUGUGCCAACUGCGGCGCCGCUGGAACGCGGUGGAGGAGGAGGACGGCGGGGGACGGGGAUCGCGCUGAGACCUUGCCGCGGCUGCGGGCAAUAAACGCCGUGAAACGCCGAUUGUGGGGCCGAGGGAACGGAGGAGCGCGAGGCGCGGCCCGGGUGCCGGAUGUUGCCGUUGUAGCUGCUGAAGAGUCAGAUAAUCUCAGCACCACCACAUCGGGUUCGGACAGACACCAAAAGCGAGCUGAGGGUCACAGAGCAACUUGCCUCGUUGAACACGUAGGGCAUAAAAUAGCAAUGAAGGCUACAACGAUGUAACCGUCCACAAAGCCUCUGCUGUCUGUCUGUCAAGCCGAAGGAGCGGAGCCCGGCGCUCCCCGCAGAGCCCCGACCCGCGCUGUGCCCGCUGCGGAGCGGCGAUGUCCG